AUGUGGCAAGGUGUUCCCUGUGUCUUCAUGUUUGACUGCAACGACAGGGAAGCAGAAGGUGGAUGCUGGCAAGGUGAUGGCAAAUUCAAGCAAGGAAUAUUUCAGGUUGAUGGUAGUUGUCUUGCUCUUUUGCGUAGAAAUCAGCCAUCGUCCUGGUACCUUGACAGUGAAUGGUGUCAAAAACAUGGAGGACAGCUGCUUAAGGGAGGUUCUAGAAAGCACCGUGACAUUCAGCUGCCAGUGAUUUUAACAAACGAACCCAGUGACAGACUGUCAAAGUGUGUUGACUACAAGAUGGUCUGUGAUGAUAAAGCAGACUGUGAUGAUUAUGCGGACGAAAAUCUCUGCAACAUAAGCAUAAGUAAAACAUUUAGCCUCAAGGACUUUAAUUUUACAUCUACAAAACUUGAUUAUCGAGAGGGACGCCUGCUGUUGACUGAUUACAACAUGUCUGACAUGUCGACGUUUACUUGUCCUGUUUCCCACUUCAUGUGCGCCAGUCUUUACCAGUGUGUUGACUACAAGAUGGUCUGUGAUCAUAAAGCAGACUGUGAUGACUAUGCGGACGAAAUCCAGUGCUACGCAAACUUAGGGGAACACAAUGAAUUCAGCUUCCAGGAAUUAAAUUUUACGUCUACUAAACUUGAUUAUCGAGAUGGACGACUGGUGUUGACUGAUUACAACAUGUAUGACAUGUCGACGUUUACUUGUCCUGUUUCCCACUUCAUGUGCGCCAGUCUUCACCAGCUUAAGAAACCUUCUAGACAGCACCGUGAUGUUCAGCUGCCAGUGAUUGUAACAAACGAACCCCGUGACAGACUGUCAAAGUUGCUGUUUAUAAAAUUCACACAUCCCACUAUUCAACAGGCUGCGUACAUACGGUGUCCGGCCAAUCACUUCACUCACGUCUUCCUGGCUUGUGAUGACGUCUCUUCCUGUUGGUCCAAUAAGUCUGGCGCCACGCCUUCCUGUUCCGCACCACUGACGCCACUUCCGCCGUCGUUUAAGUGUGGCGGUGAGGAUAGUGUCCCUUACACACUCGUGUGUGACCAUCGGCCUGACUGUAAAGACAGAAGUGACGAAGAUUUCUGCGUUUUCGCUCAGUGCGCUAGUCCGUUAGCUGUACUCUGCAGUGGAAGAAAGUGUGUUGACUACACGAUGGUCUGUAAUGAUCAAGUGGACUGUGAUGACUAUGCAGACGAAAACCUGUGUCACAUAAGCUCUUUGCAAGUGGAUGUAUUUACAUUUAAGGAGUUUGAAACGACAUCUACUAGAUUUGAUUAUCAAAACGGUCGGCUGGUGUUGACUGCUUACAACAUGUCUGACAUGUCGAAGUUUUCUUGUCCAGUUGCCCACUUCAUGUGCGCCAGACUUCACCAGGUCUGUCUUCCUGUCUUCCUUCGUUGUAACGGGCUGUACGACUGUCCUGAUCACGAAGACGAGGCGGAAUGCGACAGGUACACGUGUCCCGGCUUUUACCGCUGCCGUCAGUCUCAGGUGUGUGUUGACGAGAGUCACGUGUGUGACGGGGUGUACCAUUGUCCUCAACGCGAUGACGAACUACUGUGUAACGACACCUGUCCACACAGUUGUGUCUGCUACGGUCUGGCCUUCAUUUGCUCGGAUACUUUCCGUGCCGCUGACUAUUCUAACCUUCGAUAUCUGGAUGGCAGCGGCACCUUGAUGACCCUCGCUGACCUGUGGAACAACACUUUUCUGGUUCACCUCAGUCUGGUCCGUAGUAAUCUGACUAAACUGCAUGAAUUGGUUUUGCCUAAUCUCCGCACUUUGGAUUUGAGCUACAAUGAGUUAACUAAAAUAAGUGGCCGGUUCUUUGCCGGUCUCAACAAUAUAGUGUUUCUGAAGAUAAGCAACAACCCGCUGACAAACUUCUACAAUUUCACUUACACAAGUCCUCUAAAAAUCUUUGACAUGUCCGAUGUCAAAAAUUCAGAAAUCGACUUUUCAAUAAUGAAAUUUUUUUCAAAAUUAGCGAAUCUUAAUCUCUCCGGUAAUCAAAUAAAAUAUGUGACAGGAGACGGAUUCCCUAGAAUGAUGAACUUGCAGGUGCUUGAUCUGCGCAAGUGCCCUCUUACUCAUUUCCCAAAAGCAAUAUUUCAGGCUCUAGACCGACUGGAGAGUGUGUUUGCUGACAACUACAAGCUGUGCUGUCCGGCGACACUACCCAAGGGCUUCAACAAAACGUUCAGCACAGCUGACAUGCGGGGUAGUGUGGGUGGCAGGUCUUGUCCUAGCGGUAACCCCUUGUCUUCCUAUGACGUCACACUGGCAGUUUUACAGCCAGACUAG